AUGACUUCAAAAGCAUCAAUCCAAGCAUUCGCGCAAGAAGCUGAUAUUGAGGAAUCUGUUCGUCAACUACUCAAGAUCACAAAGGAAAGCGCAGAGAACUUAAAUACAACUAUCGAUACACUUGUUCAGUUAAUAUCCGACGACAAGAACCAGAAAAACAAGCCAAGAUACUGCUACAUGCUUACCUCACUUCUUAAGAAGAACAAAUCAGAGAUUUCAGGCAAAGACUUACUCGUUAAUUUAAGAAAAGCAGUUCCAGAAGAAGGAAGGAAAGAUCAAAAGCGCAGACAUCGUACAGCAUAUAUAUUAUCAUUAGCCUGUGUCUCACGUGCAGGAUUAUUAAAGCAAAAUUAUCAACUCGCAGCUGAUUAUAUUCAAACACUUUAUGAUAUUACAACAGAGCACCCAGUUCACACAGGCAUGGCUUUUAGCAUUAUUGCCGAUAUUGCUAGUGCAAACAUUCCAGAUUCAGACACUUUCAUGGAAUUAGUUCAUCCUGUUGUAAAUCCAUCACAGAAAAUCAUCGAGAAGAAUGUUGACGCACUCUACAUGUGGACUUCAUUCGAAAAAGAAUUCAAGUCCGUUGCUAAUGACGAAUUAUUAAAUCGUCCACUUUCUAAAGAAUACUUGCUAAACUUUGCCGAAGUCUUACUUCAAACAGCUGAUUACAGACCAAGUAUCCAUCCAAUAUGGUAUCUCCUUGCAAAAAUCGAUCAUAAACAAUUAUUAGAUCAUGUAAGCGAACUUUGGCUUCCAGACUACCAAAAGAACAAACCACUUAUUGCUUACGCUGUAACUGCUUGUGUUCCACUCUUAGAUUCCGAUGGACUUCUUGACUUUCUUGGAAAUAAGAGUCUUUUUGUUACAUCUCUUUCAUUUGCCUCCAAGAAGCUUCUUAUCCCAGUUCUUAUGCCAAAAUUCGAAGAAUCAUUCAACAAAGAUAAGGAAACAUUGUUCAAAUUAUUAAUUUCAUUAUUAUCUAUCGACGGAGAUCAUUCUGACAUCACAAAGAUCUGUAAUGACAAGUGCUCAUCACUUUCCGAUGAAGAUACCCUUGCUCUCGCUGAAGCUCUUAAAGAUGCUCCAUCUCAAUCAUACAGAACUCUUCUUUGGGCACAGAAAACACGCGCCAACAUCAAGGAUUAUUCAGUCAUUCCGAAAGUAUUCGCUUUGGCCUGCCAACAUGCCAAAACUGACGAUGAUCGUCUUAAAUUAUCAGAAUUUGUCGGAGUCAACUUCAUGAGAUGCACAUCCGAUGGCACAACAUGGUUCACACUCCUUACAGGUAUCGAUUUCUCCCUAGCAGAUUCACCAACGAACGUUCCUCAGCUUGCAGAUAUGACGAACCGCCUUAUUGAUGGUAUCAACAAGGUCAACAGCAUGCUGAACAUCACACCCGAAGUCGCUAAGGUCGAGAGUACAAUCGAAUCCGUUUCAAAGACCUGUGGAGAGUUAUUAAGAUCAGAUCGUGACCAUAUGAAGGAAGUUGGCAAGUUACAAUUGAAGCGCGCACUUCCUUACUUGGAUCCAUCCACGGUUCCAUCCAUUUUCUGCGACGCAGAGUUACUUUCAAUGGCGGUCCGAAUUCCGGAGUUAUGUGGUGCAGUUUUGCCUAUGUUUAUUGAACAUAUCAGACAGUUAAGCGACAGCCAGCGCCAAGAAAUGCUUAAGGAGCCGCUCAAAAAACUCCCGAUUUCUUCAGAUGACGCUUUAAAGAUCGCUCAGAACGUUGUCAACAGGGCAAAGUCACUACAGAACGAAUCAGCCGCUAAACUCCAGGAUAGAUACGUCAACGCUCUGAUGUCUUUGUUACCUGAUGAUCAAUUACAGAAAUUGGUAUCGACGCAGGUAUCUAAAGUACUCACAGAAGGUAGUGAUAAUGGUGUUGAUGUUAUUACUACUCUAAUUGGCCUCAAUUCUCAAACUGCUUUCGAUGUUUUGGAUUCUGUCACAAAAGUGGCUCCAAAGGUCGAACAACCAAAGAGAUUGGAGAUCAUGAGGAACUGGAUAUCAGAGUGCUGCAAGAAUGGCGAUAUUUCGUCUGAUUCUAUUGUUGAUGCAAUUUUUGCCGCAAUCAACUACGAAUACAACGAAACACCAAGUUCUAAGAAGAAACUCGAAGCAGCGUUGAAAUGGGCUGAUAGACUCAUUAAGAAACUCGAAAGAGAUAUAAACAGAAACAAAUUCAGAGAAAUGAUGCCAAUGAUCGCUGCAACUGGCUCUAGAGAAGCUGGAAAUCUGAUUCGUUCAAUCACACUUUCUGCAGAAUAA